ACGUCACGUGAACUUGGGAGCUCUGCCUCCCUGCCAAACCUUAUUGCACUACUAGUCUCGAUCUGACCACACGACUGCAAGACCGCAAAACGCACCCUGCAACGAGAAUCAAACAAGGCACAAUUUCUGGAGUUUACAGCACUUUCAUUUCUAUUUUUUCAAGGGAAAAAACGGCCACCCUGAAGUCAAGAAAACACGAGUAGAGAGCAGGAUUAUAGUUAACCUUCACACAGAGACAAGGGUCAGAAUGAUUACUGAGUGAUAUGAAUGUACUCAUUAUGGAUCUUGGCAAUGAGGUGGAUCUCUCCAAUAACAAUAUCACUCCUCUCUGGAAAAGACGGAAUGAAAAUGACAUGAAGCCCAAGCCCAGACCUCUCAGUUACCAGUUAGAUGGAGUUCUCAUGACAGACUUUCCUGUGGAUGAUAGGUGCACUUUCACUCUCACUCAGCCGUCUGAGAAGGUUACCACCACUGCAUCAAACACAACAGUGCUGAAACACACCCUCAACAAACCCACAAGGAAGGCUAGGGUUGUUCGGAGCAUCAGUAUUGGGUAUUUAUCAAACGGACGGUUUUCGCUGUCAAAGUUCACUAAAUCGGAUGAUGAAAAGAAUGAGGAGGCUACUUCUUCCCCUAAAACACCAACGUUGCCCUCCAAGAACGGGAAUGGCCUCAGUGUUUGGCAUGACAUAACAGAGCCUCUCAAACGUCUCUCCAGUCAGUUCACUCUUACCUCUCAAAGGGAUCAGAUUGUUUUCGGGAAUGCGUCUCCACCGCCAGACACUGCUUCACCAAAACAUAAUGUGUCACCUCAGAACUUCACACGUUCACCUCCACUCCAGUCGCAGGAUGCCCAUGGGUCUACCGUCGGCCUCAGCAGCUCCCCUUCUCACAGUUCCACCUCCAGCAUCCCCUCCAUCUCCUCCAACCUUAGCCUUCCUUCAGACCCCCCCACACCCCGCACCCCAUCCCCUGCCGAGAGGCCAGGGGGCAUCCUGUUGCAAAGGCAGAGUUCAGAGUCACCUCAGGGCUCAGAGGGCAAGCGGCCCUCUUCCCCAAUCAUACUGAGCACCCAUAGUCCUGCAGCGCAGAAAAUCGGCACCCAGCAGAUCAUCCCCAGGGGUCUGGUCUCUGACACACGCUUCAGCAAGCCCUCUCAAAAGUUUUUGGACACUGGUAAAAGUGCCUUCCGUCCACGAAGCAUGUUUGAGACUGGGUCUUUUUUCUCCACCAGUAAGGAGGAUGAGCUGAAUGGAGAUGAGAAUGCAGGACUGCUGACAAGAGGCCAGCGCUCCAAAUCAUAUCGCCGAGCAAUGGUCAGUGGUGUUGACUUAGAUGUGCCAUCUUUAGACCCAAAGGACAAACGACUGCCCCAGCCUGUGCUAAAAGGAGUCGCUGAGGAGGGGCCGUCUUGCGUGAGUCCAUCCAAGAGCAAAAAUGUGGAGAGGAAGAAAGGCCUCCCGACUCGGCGGACGUUUGACAUUGAGGAGGAAGAAGUUCUGUACCAGAAUUACCAAGAGAAAGCGCUUCACAAUGAUUCUGAUGAGGACGCUGAACCCAAAGAACCUCAGCCAAUUGAAGGCAUUGUGGUCCAGUACAAACCCAUCCGCACUUCCUGGAGUCAACUCAGUGUGGUUAAAAAAAGUGGAAAGUUUGAGAUGUUAAGUCAAGAAGAACGGAAGCGACAAGAGGCCAUAUUUGAGGUCAUCUCAUCAGAGCACAGUUACUUACAUAGUUUGGAGAUCCUCGUCCGCCUCUUCAAGAACUCAAACGAGCUCAGUGAGACCAUUAACAAAACGGACCAUCACCAUCUCUUCUCCAACAUUGUUGACGUCUGUGAGGCCAGCAAAAAGUUCUUCAAGGAACUUGAGGAUCGGCACCAGCAAAACAUUGUAAUCAGUGACAUAAGUGACAUCGUUAGAAGGCACGCCCAGUCAAACUUUGACCCCUAUGUGACAUACUGCUCAAAUGAAGUGUACCAGCAAAGAACCCUGCAAAGGCUGCUAAAUAAAAGCCCGUCCUUUAAGGAGUUAUUGACACGGAUCGAGGCCCACCCAGACUGCCGAAACCUUCCCAUGAUCUCCUUCCUCAUCCUUCCCAUGCAGAGAGUCACACGGCUGCCCCUGUUGAUGGAUACCAUAUGCCAGAAGACGCCCAAAGAUUCGGCCCCUUAUGAGGCAUGUAAAAAAGCCCUGCAUGUUGUCAGCAAGCUUGUGAGGAAAUGUAAUGAGGGUGCUCGUACAAUGGAGAGAACAGAAAUGAUGUACACCAUCAAUUCCCAGUUGGAGUUUAAAAUUAAGCCGUUCCCACUGGUGUCGUCCUCCCGCUGGAUGGUGAAGCGUGGUGAGCUAACAGCUUUUGUAGAGGAAAAUGGCAUCUUUUCCAAAAGGAAGUCUCGCCAGCAGGUCUAUUUCUUCCUCUUCAAUGAUGUCCUCAUUGUCACACGAAAGAAAAGUGAGGAGAGUUAUACAGUUAUAGACUACGCACUUAGAGAUCAGAUCUGUGUGGGGUCGUGUCAGGCAGAAGACCUGAAUCUCUCUCCAGUCCGUGGCACUGCGGGAAUGCUGACGUCACGACAGAACGUGGCCAUCUACCUGUUCCAGAUCAGAUUCCGCAGCAACCACUCUGGUGACAAUGUGACCAUGGUCUUGGGGGUGGAGCUACUUAAUGAGAGAGCCCGCUGGAUCAGCGCUCUGGGACAGAACAACAGUAACAACGACAGAAUGAAUGCAAUGCAGGUUGAGGUGACAAGGACAUACACGGCCAGGCAGCCGGAUGAGCUCUCUCUACAGGUGACUGAUGUGGUGCUGGUGUCACAGACAGUAGACGGCUGGUAUGAAGGCGAGCGACUGCGGGAUGGAGAGAGGGGCUGGUUCCUGGCCGAGUGCGCCGAACUCAUCACCUGUCAGGCAACCAUCGAGAAAAAUAUGCAGAGGAUGGACCGUCUGCAAGGCCUAGAGACCAACGUCUGAGGCCAUUACUGGAC